AAUUGACACAUCUUUGCAUUUUGUGAUUUAAAAUUUGAUAAAUAUUUUCAAAAAUAAAAAUUAUACAUACAAUGUAUGAAAAUAAAUUGAUUGUAUUUUUUUUCUUAGUUCAUUGUGUUUCGCAUGUAUUCUCCGGCUGUGAUCUCUCGGAAGGCGAUGCCUGUGGAAUGAAGGGAUCGUUUUUUGGUAACCGUAAUGUAUUGAUACCCACCAGUGAAGCCGAAAUGGACACACAUUGCAGCACAAUUCUCGAUAGCAUUAAAUGUCUUCAGGACUUUACCAAUAAUUGUCUAAAGGGUUUCGUUCAGGCGGCCAUUAAGAUGGCGGUGGGAAACGCGGACAAGCAUUUAAUGAAACGGUGCGACAAUCCGGACGAUCGCAAAGAGUUUCUGAAACACGUGUCGUGUCUGACGGAUAAGCAGAAGAUGGAACCGAUGCACAUCUGCGCUGAGAAGAAUGCCGUAAUGAUGGAGACUCUGGUGAACGUAGAUCUGGCCGAUCGCAUACCCGCCGGCUGUUGUAUUUUCCACUCAUUCCAGGACUGCAUUCGACAGAACAUGAAAACCCAGUGCGGAGACGACGCCAAAGACUAUUGGGAUGAAGUGAUCAAUGAAAUUGCGGAGGACUCGGUGUCGUACACGUGCUCUAACUUUGAAUCAGUUGCUAAAUGCGAUAAAGAGCUGAAUCCGAAAGUAUGGUCUGAUCUGAAGGGCACUGGUGGCAACUCAUUGCUCACUGAUUUAGCACUGGUAACUAAAGUGAACAAGGUGGUCGUGCCGAGUGUCACUCUCGCCGGCGCCGCUGGGAUUUCAAUCCAAAACGAGGCAAACGAUGAAAUGACUAUCAAAACGGUUGGGAUAUAG